AUGGCGUCCUCGGCUCAUAAGACCCGUGGCACACAGGCCUUGGACGACCUCAUCAUGGCUACAAACAGCAGCUCAAUAGUCUCGAAAAGAAGUGUCGAACGUCUCUAUUACCCUGACGAGCCGCACUACUUCCGCUUCUUUGUCAAAAAGUUUCAGCGGAGGGCUCCGCUCAUCAACAGAGGCUACCAUUUGCGCCUCAAAGUCAUCGAUACCCUUGUGCGCCGCUUCCUCCAGAAGCCUUCUCCCCGGAAGAAGGUCGUCGUCAAUCUUGGGUGCGGAAGUGACGUUCUACCCUGGCAAUGCGAGGUUCGAUACCCCGAAUCGUGCCAAGGCGUCACGUUCGUCGACGUCGAUUAUCCGGAUCUCAUCCAGAAGAAGCGCCAGAUCGUCCUGGAGACCCCUGAGCUCCAAGGCCUCCUAGAAACCUGGGAAGUUAGCCAUGAUUCUCCCAUCGUCCUCAAGAGUCAGAAAUACUGCCAGGUGGGAUGUGAUCUCCGGCAGCUAGCAACUCUGCAAACCUGCCUGGAUACUUUGUUCGACGUACCCAAUACAGAAUUUCUCUUCGUGGCCGAAGUGUCCAUCACUUACAUGGACACAAAAGGUGCCGAUGGAGUCAUCAGCUGGGCAAGUACUUUGAGACAUGCCGAGUUUUGUCUGCUAGAGCAAAUCCUGCCGGAUGGGCCUGACCACCCGUUCGCUCACACGAUGCUGAAGCAUUUCAACAAGCUAAACACACAGCUAAAGUCGGUCCACCGCUAUCCUACUGUAGCUAGCCAGAAGAAGCGUUUUGAGUCCCUUGGGUGGCCGUCAACAGAGAGCUGGACACUCUGGGAAACAUGGUCCGAUGACCUGUUUAUGACGGCUGCCGAGCGAAGGGCCCUCGAUACUGUUGAGGCUUUCGACGAGUGGGAGGAGUUUGCCCUCUUUGCCAGUCACUAUUUUGUCAUCGUUGCCUCCACUCCGCACCCCGAAAUCAAGGGGCGUGUCUCCAGGUCUGUGGGGGAUCUCGACGUUCAGUCAUGCCGAACUCCCAUGAGCACAAGUGUCUACGAGGCCGGCCGAGGGCACCGACGCUUCGGCGCUGCCAUGCUUGUCGAAGCUCCGGACGGCCAGAAAUUCAUCUCGCACAGCUUCGGACAAGGCCCGAAUGGUCGACCCAGUUCCGAGGACGUGUAUCAGAUCUCUCACCAACCUGUCGCAUCUAGCUCGUCCAAAAAGGGGCCAUCGAGCCGAGUCUGUCACACCCUCACAGACCUGGGCAGCAUCGGUGUUCUUUUGGCAGGUGGUCGUGCAUCGCCAUCCACCGCUUUCAAUGAUUGUUGGCUUUUCAAAAAGGUAUUCAAUACCUGGGAACGAGUGCAGGACCUCCCGUGUCCUCUUUUCAGACACUCUGUGACACGGCUGGGCUCGUCGUCUCUCGCCCUGCUUGCCGGUGGAAAGACCAACCACUUUCAGGCGUCGGCUGAGUAUUUCCUCUUCGAUCCCACCAAAGGAUGGGUCAAAUGUAGAACACAAUCUGCGCCGCCUUCGCUGUAUGGCGCCACCUUUGUUUAUACAGGCAGUCACGGACCUCGCAAUUUUGGGGGCUUUCUCAUGGGAGGUAAUCUCGAGGAUGGCAUAAUCAAUCAGACUGUCUACACAUGGACGUUGGAUCUGUCUGAUGCAGAGCCUUCGCUGUCGUUCGCACAACAGACGUCUCGAGAUGAUCAGACACCUAGCAUCUUGUCGAGGUUUGGUUCUAUUGCCGUUCAGUCCAACGGAUACGUCCUCCUGUUUGGCGGAGUGAUCAAAGACCUGCAGCUGCCUUCGGCAUACGACAUUCUUGUUCUCAAGACGACGGCGGGAGGCGAGGUGGAUGUGGUUGCCCGGGUCGACGGCACAGACGGAUUCAGCAUCAUACGCCCGUUUAUUGUUGGUUCCUCCGUCGUAUCCUACGGAAACGGAAACCUCGCCAUCGUCGGCGGCGGCGCGACGUGCUUCUCGAUGGGGACAUGCUGGACGGCAGGAAGCUAUAGUUUCCGCUUCGAUGAUGGGCGAACUGUGCGCCAGAGCGAUAUAGCACUUCCCUUAUCGCAGCCCGAGCCCGUAAAAUACCUGGAGACGGUUGAGGUCACUACGGGCGACAAAGAGGCUGUUGUCCAAUCAUUGGCACCAGUCGAGAUGCGGACCAUCCCGCGUGUCCAAGUCGAGACGGCAGAGCAAUUCCUUAAGAUCCUCGAAGCUGGCAAACCUGUCGUUAUCGAAGGAUCGGACAUUGGGUCCUGCAAAUCUAUUUGGUCUGCUAACUACCUAGUCAACAACGUAGGCCCUGAACGCAAGGUCUCUGUACACGAGUCCGCCACCGAGAAGAUGGACUUCAACGCCAAGAAUUUUCGCUACGUUACUAAAGACUUUGGGGACUUUGUUCGAGAAGCUCAGGAGGGAAAGCGACUGUACCUAAGGGCGCUCUCCAAGGACGAGCCAUCGAACCUCCCCACCCAGCUCGCCGCUGACUACCCGUCGUUGGCGAAGGAUUUUGCCUUGCCACCCCAGCUCGGUUUCGUAGACCAAAACGCAUUCAGCUCUGUGCUGCGUAUCUCCGGCCCGGUGAAUAUGUGGUUGCACUACGACGUUAUGGCGAAUGUCUACGCCCAAGUCGUCGGCUCCAAACGUCUCAUCCUGUUCCCUCCCUCAGACGUAUCUCAUUUCGCCUUCGCCCCAGGUGCCUCCAGCUCUAGCGUCGACGUCUUCUCAUCACUCGACGCAGGCUCUCUGCGAGGCGUCCACCCCCACGAGGCCGCUGUCCAACCUGGCGACAUUCUUUUCCUCCCGCCUCUUUGGCUCCACACCGCCACUCCCACGUCCGAAUUGAGCGUCGCUGUCAACAUCUUCUUCCGUAACCUGGAGAAAGGGUACUCCAUGGGAAGAGACGUGUAUGGAAACCGCGACCUGGCCGCUUACGAGAAGGCACGCCAGGACAUUGCCCGCAUCGGAAGCAGCUUCAGUAAGCUCCCCCUGGACGCCAGGGAGUUCUAUAUUCGACGCUUGGCGGACGAGUUGCUACAGUCCACAAAGAAUUUAUGA